CAGGCCGUGAAAGCAUGGCAGCUGAGGAGGCAGAGGUGGUUUCACCUCUGGUUGUGGACACAGCCCCAGACACUUCAGGAACAGCCGCGGCCUCUCUAGCCGCAGCGGUGUCUGCUGCUGCGGCAGCGGCCAGGACCGGAUCGCAAGCCCAGAUUUCCAAGGCCGCUCUGGCUGCUAAGCUCAUGUCGCUCAGCGGCGUGUUCGCCGUGCACAAGCCCAAAGGGCCCACUUCAGCCGAGCUGCUGAACCGGCUGAAGGAGAAGCUGCUGGCAGGUACCCGCCCGGAAGCUGGAUUGCCAUCUCCAGAAUGGAACAAGAGGCAAAAGCAGACAUUGAAAGUUGGACAUGGAGGGACACUGGACAGCGCAGCGCAAGGUGUUCUGGUGGUUGGGAUUGGAAGAGGAACAAAAAUGUUGACCAGUAUGUUGUCGGGGUCCAAGAGGUAUAUCGCCACCGGAGAACUGGGGAAGGCCACGGACACACUGGAUUCUACCGGGAAGGUAACAGAGGAGAAGCCAUAUGAUAAAAUAACACAAGAAGAUAUCGAAGGCAUUCUGCAGAAGUUUACUGGGAAUAUAAUGCAAGUACCCCCCCUCUAUUCUGCACUGAAGAAGGAUGGACAGAGACUCUCAACGUUAAUGAAGAGAGGCGAGACUGUUGAGGCCAGGCCGGCCAGGCCAGUGACUGUUCACAGCAUCUCCCUCCUGAAGUUCCAGCCACCAUUCUUCACGCUAGAUGUUGAAUGUGGAGGAGGCUUUUACAUCCGAAGCUUGGUCAGUGACAUUGGCAAAGAACUCUCUUCCUGCGCCACCGUGCUGGAGCUGACCCGCACCAAACAGGGGCCCUUUACACUGGCACAGCAUGCGCUCCCCGAAGACAGAUGGACCAUCGAUGACAUCGCACGGUCCCUCAAGCGCUGCACGUCCCUUCUGCCAGAGGAGCUGACGUUUAAAAAAUCCAAAUCCGAGCCGUCCAGUGACCAGGCCUUAAGCUGUGGGUACAUAACUCUAAGGGAGACAAAGAGAGAAGACGACACAGUUAAGACGCUUUGAGCCCGGCCGGGGAGGAUCAUUUCCGGGUUGGUGUAUAUCCUGACCUGACCCAGGAAUGCCCACACACUUCUUCAGGUCUUUGCAAGAUGUUGUAAUGUCUCUGAAUGAUGGAUCUGACUGGAUUCAGAUAAAUAAGUUUUCUGAAUUUGAUCUUCCCUUAGUCUUUUUCCUGUGAAAAAGUUGAACAGAAUUCUGAUCACAGAGGACUGAGGUCUGAGCUGCAGGUCCCACAGAGGUAUCAUAUCCGCUCUGUCAGACUCGGGGAGGGCGCUCAUUGUUCUGAAAUCCUCUGAAUAUUCGAAGUGCUCAGUGCUGAGCCGUCCGUGUGCUUGCAGAGCUGUGGCUGCUGGGAAGUGCCGGUGGGCUGAAGUCAUCUGUGACUGUGUUUCUUAGAUCUUGAAAUGAAACGUUUCCCUAAUAAAUAUUUGUGAGUGCACAAACUCCUGCUUCGACCACUGGCAGAGUGGAAAUAGCCGAAGAGGUGAUUCAUUCCAUCCCUAUUUUCAGCAGAGUUCGGCUCCUGGAGCUGUGUACUCUGUGGCAGCUAUUUCUGUGGUCAGCCACAUGGUGUCAAGUUACUAAAAAGGGAUCUUUCAGAAUAUAAACUAAAGGGUGUAUCUUGAAUUAAAAUUCUCUGCUGCCCGUU